UAUAAUUUUCGAUUGUGUGUGUGUGUGUGUGUGAAAGAGAGAGAGAGAGAGAGAAAAGGGGGGGGGGAGGGAGUGAGAUCAUGAAUAAGUUGUAUAUUGGGAAUCUGAGCUCGUCUGUGACACUCGCCGAUAUACAACAACUCUUUGGGGAGAGGAAGCUUGCAGUCGGGCAAGUUCUGCUCAAGUCCGGCUAUGCCUUCGUGGACUGUCCCGACGAAAAUGCGGCGAUCAGGGUGAUCGAGGCGCUGUCCGGCAAAGUGGAGCUUCACGGCAAGGUGAUCGAAGUUGACUACUCUGUCCCCAAAAAGCAGAGGAGUCGGAAGAUUCAGAUCCGGAACAUUCCUCCACAUCUGCAGUGGGAGGUGCUGGAUGGACUGCUUGCUCAACACGGGACGGUGGAGAAUGUGGAGCAAGUUAACACAGAAAGUGAGACAGCAGUUGUGAAUGUGACGUACGAAACAAAGGAGCAUGCAAAGACUGCCAUUGAGAAGCUGAAUGGCCACCAGUUUGAAACCUACGCCCUGAAGAUCUCGUACAUACCGGAUCAGGAGGCGACGCAGGUUCCGGCACACCGGCCCCGCCGGGGGCCCGCCGUUCGGCCCACCCGGGAUCACGGCUCCUCCCCGGGAACCAGCGCCUCGCACAAGCUGCUGGACGUCCCGCUGCGCAUUCUGGUGCCCACCCAGUUUGUGGGGGCCAUCAUCGGGAAGGAAGGAUUGACCAUCAAGAGCGUCACGCAGCAGACACAGUCCAAAGUGGACAUCCAUCGGAAGGAGAAUGCAGGCGCUGCGGAGAAACCCAUCACCAUUCACUCCUCAGCAGGGGGCUGCACGGCGGCCUGCCAGAUGAUCCUGGAAAUCAUGCACAAGGAGGCACAGGAUACCAAAUUCACUGAGGAGAUCCCGCUGAAGAUACUCGCUCACGACAGCUUUGUGGGCCGGCUCAUCGGCAAAGAAGGUCGCAACCUGAAGAAAAUUGAGCAGGAAACGGGGACCAAGAUCACCAUCUCUUCGUUACAUGACCUGACUCUGUACAACCCAGAGAGGACCAUCACUGUGAAGGGCAGCGUUGAGGCCUGCUCCAAAGCCCAGGCCGAGAUCAUGAAGAAACUCAGAGAGGCUUAUGAAAAUGACCUUGCUGCUAUGAAUCAACAAGCCAACCUGAUCCCAGGCCUGAACCUGAACGCUCUGGGCAUCUUCUCAUCAGGAAUGCCGGUCCUUCCCUCGACAGGUCGAACCCGAGGCAUGGUGGGCUCCUACAAUCCCUUUAUGAGUCAACUGUGCUACCCAGGGGCUCUGUAUAGUACAGCAGCAGUCGGUGCAAUGGCCCAGCCGUACACUCAGGCAUUGGAGCAAGAGAUUGUGCACCUGUUCAUCCCAACCCAAGCUGUGGGGGCCAUCAUCGGCAAGAAAGGACAGCAAAUCAAGCAGCUCUCCAGGUUUGCCGGCGCAUCCAUCAAGAUCGCUCCAGCGGAGGGGCCUGAGGUGAGCGAACGGAUGGUCAUCAUCACCGGCUCCCCGGAGGCGCAGUUUAAGGCUCAGGGUCGGAUCUAUGGCAAACUGAAGGAGGAGAACUUCUUCAACCCCAAGGAGGAGGUGAAGCUGGAGGCCAACAUCAAGGUGCCCUCCUCAGCCGCCGGGAGGGUCAUCGGAAAGGGUGGCAAGACGGUGAACGAGUUGCAGAACAUCACGAGUGCCGAGGUGAUUGUCCCUCGAGACCAGACACCAGACAGCAACGACGAGGUCAUUGUGAAAAUCGUUGGACAUUUCUUUGCCAGUCAGACCGCUCAACGCAAGAUCCGCGAGAUCGUUCAGCAGGUGAAGCAGCAGACACAGAAGCCGCAGGCGAGAGGCCCCAGCCCGCAACGCAGCAAGUGAAGGGAGUGGGGUGCGGCCGGCCACCUGAGCAACAGCGGACGAAUGUAGCCCUUCCGACAUGGACACACCAGACCGACAGGCCGGGAGCGAACCAAAGAAACGCAACGACAGCAGAACAACGCAGGAGGGUCUUUUGCCAGCGACCAAAGGCCUUGGCCCUGUGGGUAUCUGGAGGGAGGGAGGCUGCCGGCAGUCCUCCCACGGUCUGUGUGAAGAAACUCUCGCAUUCCCCUCCCCCUCUUUGCUGGGUCACCCCGCCGGAAUUGUAGAUGGCUCGGCAAACGGAGCCAACUCUUGAGCUGCGGUAGUGUGAAUAGGGUUUUUUAUAAUAAAGUUGAAAUAGUUCUGGUUUAACACUGCUUUGUAGAUAACAUGUGCAUUUUUUAAAAAAGAAACUCAUUUUGUUUUGCUUUUUUUCUGAGAGAUUAAAUCAUAUCUUUUUGAGGCCAGAA